AGGGGUAGAGGCCGGCACGUGUUACAAAGACGAGUCAAUCGGCGACAAGGACGGGAAUGUGUACUACUGCAAUGGGAACGAGCUGACGCGAUGCUGUACAGAAAACGGAGAGAGAACUUGCUGUAUGGCGGAGAAGGAGAAAAACUUGUAUGUAUCGCUACUUGGUGGUGCGCAUUAAUGUAACUGAAAUGUAUUAUUACUAGGGCUUAACCUGGUGAAGUUUUUUUUUUUUUGACAGUGUCCGGGUAUUGUGAGAAAAUAUUAGUUGUCCAAGCAUUAUUACUAGUUGCUUUUUUUAAACGGGGUCCGGGUAUUUCUGGAAAAUUCCUGGCGUGUCCAAGUGUUACAAAUAAGAGUUAGCUUCUCAUUUUCUAAAAUACCUGCCGGACCUUAAACAAUAGUCCUGCAGACAGUCCUACACCCUACCUGCCGGACUUUAAACAGCAGUCCUGCAGACAGUCCUACACCCUACCUGCCGGACUUUAAACAGCAGUCCUGCAGACAGUCCUACAACCUACCUUCCAGCCCUUAAACAAUAGUCCUACUGACAGUCCUACACCCUACCUGCCGGCCCUUAAAAAUAGUCCUACAGACAGUCCUACACCCUACCUGCCGAACCUAAAACAAUAGUCCUACAGACAGUCCUACACCUUACCUGCCGGCCCUUAAACAGUAGUCCUACAGACAGUCCUACACCCUACCUGCCCGCUUUUAAACAGUAGUCCUCCUGAGAAUCAUUCGCCCUACCUGCCAAUAUGUGCAAGCUCUAAAUACAACAAACAAGACAAUGUUCUUUUUUUUUCUUUCAUUUCGAACUUGCACAGACCUUGUUGUACUCUUUCCUUCAAACGGAGUCCCUCGUUCAUCAGCCUGUAGUCCCAACUGAACAAUUUAGAGUCACGUCUUGACGGAUUUAGCUGGACAUGUGCUCAGUACCAGGUCCAGAAGAGAGUCAUGGGGAAGGGAACCGCAGUUUUCGUUGUUUGGUAUCAUGAAUAUAUUAAAACGGAAUUUGCUGGUUGGGGUGAGAGUGUGAAUGUGUGUGUGUGUAUGUGAGAGAGAGAGAGAGAGAGAGAGAGAGAGAGAGAGAGAGAGAGAGAGAGAGAGAGAGACAGAGACAGAGCGGGAGAGCGGCGUGGAGGGAGAGAGUGUAGAUCUCGGUGGUCGGCGUAUCAAUAAAAAAAAAAUGUGUGGUUCGGUGGGGUGGGAGAGAGGGAGUGAGUGUGGGUGUAGGGGGGAGAGAGAGAGAGAGAGAGAGAGAGAGAGAGAGAGAGAGAGAGAGAGAGAGACAGAGACAGAGACAGAGACAGAGAAAGAUAGAAAGAAAAGGUAGUAUAGGGGUAUGAAUCCGAUCUUGGCUGUGAAACUAAUUAUACAUUAAGUUAGAUUUCUAUGUGAAGCAUCUAAGAAUAAUUGUUUACUUGAAAUGGAAUGGAGAGGAAUGAAGACGGUUGAUCUGACAGCCGUGUUAGGUGGAGCGGGAGUUUGGAAAUGUUUACCUGUCAGCUGUAUCACGUGACACCUGCUGGUGUGGAUAUUUUCAGGAAAGAGCAGCUGCAGCUGUGGGGUGUGGUCGCUGGCAUGAUCGUCGUCAUCGGCAUCCUCUUCGUCUGCUGCAAGAACGACAUCAGCUUCUGUAACAGUGACAUGACACUCAAGGAAAGGUGUUACAAUUGCAGGUAGGAUGUUACAAAUGCAUAUUUUAGGUUUUUAAAAUUGUAGGUAAUGUGUUAAAACUACAGGUCAGAUUGUUAAAAUUUGAAGGGGAAGAAAGUGUUACAAACGCAGGUAAGGUGUUAAAAAUACAAUGAGAAUUUCACAUUAUAGAAAUAUUGCACUGGCUUCUUUGAGAUCGUACUGCUUUUGCUUCUCGACAUCCUAGAGAGCUGAAGCUUUCCUAGCCCAGCCUAGUCUCAUGGUGUAUAGGGAUGCGUUAGUUAUGACUACAUGACAUCGAUCCUUUCUCUAAAUUUCUUGUUCAAUAAAUUACACCAAAAAAAGCACAGGCAACAUUUGUGAUUAGAAAUAAAAUGAGUUACUAAAAUAACUGUUUUUUUUUUUUUAACUUGUUUCUAUAUCAGCCGACACAGUCAAUAUAUUUAUAUAUUGUUUAAUCUGACACAGAAACCGCGGGAAAAACCAGAAAGCUCACAUUGUGGAAAAAGAAAAGCCAAGCCAGUACUACGACAACCCCGUUGGAGACUUUGGUGGCCCCAGCACUGAUUAUUUUACCCCGAGGGAGCCCUUCAAAUUUCCACCCCUGCCUCCCGUGCAGAAUGUCAAGAGCUCCACUAUGUACGAAUCGUCUUACGCCUAAAAAAUAUUUGUUUCAUUUUGUUGUUGUUGUUGUUUUCACUUCGAUACUGUUUAACAUAAUUCUGAACAAAAUGUACCUACGUGUUAGCAUAGGCUAUCGUUAAAUGUCAUUGAACGACCCUUAAAAACACAUUUUUGCGAAUAAAUCAUUUAUAAAAAUGUAAUAUCGAGCAAUGAGAGGCUGGGGCAAAAAAUUUGGCAAAAACUGUGUUUUGACUCUCGAUAGGUUGGCGGGAAGUGUGUCAAUUAGCCGUCCAAAGAUUUUUGCCAUCCAGCCGCUGACAGAAGCAAAGUUAAAUGUAAAGGAGUUUUUAAAAAGCUAAUGAUCAAAUUAAGAUAAGGUGACCAUAUGUGCUGAUUUUAACAGUACAGUACUUUGUGUGUGUGGACAUUUGGCAUGAGUUGAAACCAAUACAGUUAAACACUGCAAAAUGAAAAAAAAAACACAUCCGAUAUAAAGGCAUAAAUAAAUAAAGCAAUUUAUAAUACAUCCAAAUUAGCAUAACGAUAAGAAAUGUAAAAGUCUUUUAAUAAAAAUGCUUUACUGGCAGCAAACACUUUUUAAAAUGUUUUGGUUUUACAUGGAUAAUUUUUUUUUUUUUAUAUCCUGUUUUUAACUUUUAAAAGAACUGGAAAUAAGAUAAUUAUCCUUAGACUAUUAUAUAAUCUGACAAUUGUGGUAUAAUCUAUGUUCAAAUAAACGAUAAGCUUCAAUGAAACCUAAAACAUUAUUUGUUCGUGUCCACAGCCCAUUAAAUGCUUGCCUAUGACAUGGCUUAAGGCUCGUGUCGAUUAGAAGCUUCGAUAAAGCUGGAAAUUGUGUUGUUAAAAUGUUGCAAAUGAAAAAGCAGCUAAUCUAUUUUAAAUAUAAAUUUUCGUUACCGUUUAUUUUUAACUUUAAAAACGGAAUGUUUCAUCAAUAAAACUCAAAGUUCAGAAUGUGCAAGAGUUGUGUGCAAAAACGUCUGUCCAGUACAUUCUACAUUUCGGAACUUCUUUUUUUUUUUUUAACCUAGCGUUAUAUUGACAAAUUACAAAAAAAAAAAAAAUAAUAAUUUUCCAAUUUAAUAUUUUUCUAUAUCUGUACUUUUUUUUUUUUUCUUUUUUUUUUUU